AUGGCAGCGAUGCAUCGAAUCAUUCAAGACAGGAUGAAGCUCCCGAAGAUCUAUCGCGAGUUCUUUUCAAAUCGUGGAGAACCAAAGGCGAUCUACGCUUUCGUCUAUGCUAAAGAUGGAGGGAAUCUGUUGAAAACAUCACACUUGAAUGAGACGGUAAAGGUCCUCGACAAAAUAUCACAUGAUUUCUAUCUGCAGACUUCAAAAGGCGAAAAAAAUUUUGAACAAUUUUGUCAAGGAUUUUGUACACUCAACGAGCCGGUUCGGCAUUUCUAUAGUGGCAUGUUGAUCGCCGACAAAUAUGGCAACGAUACUCGCCACUUGGAUCUGGGCUAUCCUAUUACAACAGUCCUCGGCACGAAACUGUUUAUGGACCCCAACCUGUUUGGUGUGAAAAUCGCCGUCAAAGAUGAUCAGGGAGAGGAACUUGUUGUAUCCACUGCCAAUCGGGUGUAUAAAGAUUCGUUGCAGAACCAGCUCCCUAACAAUAUUCGCGAGGUAGCUCUGAUUGUUUUGCAAUUUCGUGCCGAAAUCGGAUCUGAUGUACAAUUGACUGAUAUGAAUGGCUAUGAACGGUCUAUUGUAGGCUAUUUUCAAAACUUCUACAAAAGCGACUUCAUUUCCGUUUACGUACUGACCGACUCGUUCAUAACAUCGGAAAUAGUGAGAGCAGGACUGUCAUUGUUGCCGUUUCUUGUUAUUGGAUUCGUUAUUAUGGCAACAUUUUCCUGUAUCACAUUCUCAAUCAGUGGGAUCGUUCUGAAACAGAUGAACGUACACAAGAUAACACUGGCGGUAAUGGCAUGUGUAUGUCCGUUCAUGGCCUGUGGAGCCACUCUUGGAGCGAUGUUCUGGUGUGGUUUUCGAUUCGGUUCCAUCCUAUGCGUUACACCGUUCCUCGUCUUGGCCAUCGGAGUCGACGACGCAUACCUGAUGAUGAAUGCUUGGCAGAGGAUUACCACCCAUAGGAGGAAGACCCCUGCUGACAGUUUGGAUUCUGAAAUUCGUCAUAGAAUAGUGGAAAUGCUGGUCGAGACCGGUCCAUCUGUCUCCAUCACCACCAUUACCAAUGUACUGGCGUUCGGAAUCGGUGCUUUCACUCCUACACCAGAAAUUCAGCUCUUCAGUAUCGGCAAUGCCCUGGCUGUCGUCGUCGAUUUCAUAUUUCAGAUUACCAUAUAUGCCGCCCUAAUGGUGAUCGUUGGACGAUAUGAAAUCGAAAAGGAGAUGAACGAGAAACCGGCGAUCUGUGAUCAAAUACCGUCAGAGAAAAGUUCAGCGACCAUCGAGGAAUCGACAAUGGGAACCAGGUUCGUGGGUUUACAUUCUAUUCGUCACAUUUACAUCUUCGACGUUAUACUUCGAAUAUUUAGGAUCCUUGACGCUUACUGUGACUUGAUUUCGAACAAAUACUUCUCGUCGCUGGUCAUUGCAGUGUUAGCCGUUUACUGGUAUAUCUCUAUUGUCGGCACUAUCAAUAUCAAACCCGAACUCAGUCCACACAAGCUGUUCCUUUCGAAUUCGGAUUUGGUCAAGAUAUUCGAUGCACGGAAACAGUACAUUUCUACCUACUACAGUGUAUGCUGGGUACUAGUCAAGAAUCCCGGAGAUGUUAUGAAUGAGACAAUUUCGAAGCGGAUACAUCACCUGGUUGAAGAUUUCGAAAGCUUACCCAACUCGGUAGGAUCGUACUCAACCAAAUUCUGGUUACGGGAUUAUGAAGAUUUCCAUAAACAAGGACAAGAACUCGAAAAUCCUGAUGAAUUCGAAGAAAUGAUUGGUACAGGCAUCGAAUUCUCGCAAAACGGAAGGUAUGUGAAUGCCCCUGGCCUUUCCCCAAGACCUCCCUCAAUGUGUAUCGGUCACCUCUUUUCCAGCUCGAUGUUUCCAUCAGUGAGCAAACCGGAAGGUAACGAGCUGAAGCAAUUUCUUGAAUGGCCUGAAUUCUCGUUUUGGAAAGGAUUCUUACAGGUGGAACCGAGUCAAUCUGGAAAGCAGUACAAGGUGUCAAGAUUUUUCUUUACAACGGCUUUUCAUGGCGAGGAACUUACAGAAUGGUCAAGUCGGGCAGCUCUUCUGAAUCAGUGGAGAGCUCUCGCUGACAAGUAUUCCGAUCUCGAAGUGUCCGUUUAUGAGGAUGACGCCAAAUUUUUGGAUUUGAUUGAGACGAUGGUACCAAUUUCAAUGCAAUCGGCUCUGUUCACUUUUGUUUCGAUGUUCGCUGUGGCCGUUCUGUUCAUUUCCCAUCCACCUACGCUGUUCGUCGCCACGCUCAGUAUUCUGAGCACAAGCAUAGGAGUGUUUGGCAUCAUGUCGUUGAUGGGAGCUGAUCUUGAUCCGAUCAUGAUGUCCGCUACCGUAAUGAGUAUCGGGUUUUCUGUCGAUAUACCAUCACACAUUAGUUACCACUACUAUCAAACAGCGAAGGAGACCAGUUGUGUGAAGACUCGCUUGAAAAAGACCGUCGCUGCUGUUGGAUUCCCCAUCAUGCAGGCCUCAUUGUCCACGACUCUUUGUGUUCUUAGCCUGUUCUUUGUCCAGUUACAUAUGUCAAGGAUCUUCGCCCAAUGCAUGUUACUCGUCGUGCUUAUCGGCAUGAUUCAUGGCCUUUUGAUUAUACCGGUAAUUUUUAAUUUGAUAGCCGCGUUGCCUUCCAGGUACUUAUAUCGCCGAUAG